AUGGAAAAUACUUUGAAAAUGCUCGAAAGUCUUCUUAGUAGUUCACAUUCUGAAGAAGUAAAAAAAAAAUUUAUUAUAAUUUAUUUGAAAUCAAUAAGUAAACAAAAUUUCUCAAAAACAAAUUGGGAACAACUUUGCGAGUAUGCCUACGGACUCAUCAAGUAUACUUCUCGCGUUUACGCUUUUGGUGAGCUUAUUCUAUCUCAAAUCGCAUGUUUGCAGAAAGCAAUAUAUAUGCUUUAUUUCAAUUCUGGCUGGAUAAGUCAAACCCUUAUCAACAACACUACUCAUAAUAAUUUAUACCAACAACUAAGAGCAUUAGUUAAAAUAAUUAAAUAUAAACAAGAAUUUUCAAGUGAUUCCGACGGCCAUGCUAAUAUUGAAAAUGACUGUCGAUUAUUACAAUCUUAUUCUAUUAAAUAUAUUGAGGUGCUUUUAUAUUCUUUGGCCAUUCCGGAAAGCGAUUCGUUAGAAUCAUAUGAUGAAUUCGUGAAGCAGACGCAAAUUGAUGCUAAUAAUAUUCUUACGACGUUCAGCACGGAAAACCUGGUCAUUACUAUCCGUGAGGUUUUUAUACGACUUUCAAGUAAUCAAACUUGUUCUAAAUCUAUAGUACUUUUGAUUAGUAGGAUACCUAAAUCAUGUACAUCAGUUAUCCAACCCUAUGUCCAGAAAAUUCCCGCAGACGAUGUUAAGAAAUUUGAAAUAUUUAUUGAAAGAAUGAUUUUGAUGAUACCUCAUCAAUUUGCUAAUAAAAUUGCUUUGGAAAAAUCAAAGUAUAAGUCUAUAUUGACACGGAUCACUCUCGCAAAUGCGUCUCGGUGCUUCGAAUAUUUGCUAGACCGUCAUGCGCGUAACGAUGCUUUACCGGUUGUUAAAUGUUUGUUACUUGGAUAUCAAGUUACAUCUGAUGUUUUCGAUUCAAUCAUUCCAACUUUCCCCAAAGUUUUAGAAACGAUCGCUAAAGAGAGAGAUCAAGUUGAUACUUUACUUGAACUUUCGAGGAUAGCUCAAUGUCUUAUGAAGCGUUUUAAGGGAGGCGAUAAAUAUUUGCAACUUUCUAAAACUUUGGAAUCGCUUGACUUGCCUAUACUGAAACAUGAGGAUAUAUCGAAUACUCUUCAAAAUAAUGUAUGGUUUAAAGAGUCGAACAUUGCGGGUAGCCGUAAGGAUAGCCGUAAGGAAAUUGUGGUGAAAACUUCUGUUUAUUCCUCGCAAAUCUAUAAAAAAAAGAAAGGAUUGCAAAACUUAGGAAACACUUGUUUUAUGAAUAGUGUACUUCAGGCAUUAUUUAACUCAGCGGAAUUUAGGCAUCGUAUAUUACAGGCAUCGACAACGAAAUCAAAAACGUCAACGAUCUAUCAGCUUCAAUUGUGUUUUGCUUGUAUGAUAUUUUCAAACAAAUCGUAUUUUUCACCAUCAGCAUUAUUGGAGACGCUUCCAAGUUGGUUAAAUAAUGGUCGACAACAGGAUUGUCAUGAAUUUUUGAAGCAAAUUGAAGAAGAAUCGAAAAAAUCAUCAAAUAAAAAACUUAGGUUAGAAUCAGAAGAGGAAGAAAUUUCACCCGUACAUGAAGAUAUGAAAAAUAUUCCAAUAAGCCCCUUUGGUGGAAAAAUGGAAAAUAUAAUUAUGUGUUUGGAGUGUGGGAAAAGAUCUAAAACAAAGGAAGGAUUUCAUGAUCUUUCACUUUCAUUGAAAGUUGAUACAUCAGACAAUCUUUCAUUUUCUGAUUUAUUAUCAGAAUUUCUUUCUGAUGAAGAUCUAAAAGGGGAGAAUCAAUAUUAUUGUGAAAAGUGUGGAGGACUACGUGAUGCGAAAAAGUUGACGCGAAUAAUUACGCCACCGCGUUAUUUAAUAUUAUCGCUUAAUCGAUUCGAGUAUGAUGUGAAAUAUGCUAGAAGGAUAAAAAUCAUGACACACGUUUCAAUACAAGAAUCAUUAUCAGUACCGCAAGUUCAUGAAAAAGAUGAAUCACAUACUGAAUCAAAUCAUAAUAAAAAUGGAUUAGUUAACGGAAAGAUCAACGGAAUGGCGAAUGGAGAGAAACGAAUAAAGACAAAAGGAGUUGACGAUGACGAGAAGGUAUAUGAUUUGUCAGCAAUCGUAAUACAUUCUGGUUCAUCUGCUGAAUAUGGUCAUUAUUAUACAUACGCAAAGGAUGAAGAUGGUCAAUGGUAUAAUUAUAACGAUAAUUAUGUUUCUUCCUCAUCAUUACAAAAAAUUAUCUCCGAAGGAGAAGAUUUCAAAUCGGACACUCCUUAUCUUUUAUUUUUCCAACAGAAAAAUAUAAUUAAUUACAAAUCACCUGAAAUUUCGCAAUCUCUUAUGAAAGAAGUUGAGAAAGAAGAUAAAAGUUAUAACAGGGAUUCUUUUGGUAAUAAUGAUUAUUCAAUGGAUAAUAAAAAGAAAGAUAAAGGCGAAAAAGAAGAGAUUAAUCCACUUAGUGGAGGAUAUGAUUUAUUUGAUUAUGAUAAUACGGUAAUAUAA